AUGAGUUCGAUAGAGGAAAAAUAUCUCGAAGAUUCAGAAAUCGAAUUAUUUAAUUCAAAUGUUUUGGAACAAUUGUCUCUAUCACAUACUGAAGGUUUAUUAGUUAGACCAUUAAAAUCCGGAGAUUAUGAUAGAGGUUUUCUUCAGCUCUUAACUCAAUUGACUGAAGUUGGAGAUAUUAGUAGAGAACAAUUUUUAAACCGUUUUCAUAUGAUGAGAAAUAGUGGUAGCUAUUAUACUAUUGUAAUAGAAGAUAUAAGCACUGAAAAAAUAAUAUCAAGUGCAACAUUAGUUGUAGAGCAGAAGUUUAUUCACAAUUGUGCAUUGAGAGGACGUUUAGAAGAUGUGGUGGUAAAUAAUAAAUACCGUGGUAAACAUCUAGGAAAAUUAGUCGUCAAAAUUAUAUCAGAAUUAUCAUAUUAUUUAAGAUGUUACAAAUUAUCACUGGAUUGUAAAGAUCAUCUUAUACCAUUCUAUGAAAGUUUGGGUUUUAAACGUGAACCUAGUAAUGCCAAUUAUCUUAAUAAGAGAUUUUCUAUUGAAAAUACUGCAGAACAAUUUCAUUUAUAA